AUGGACGCAAUGGUGAUAUCGGAGGUCAAUGACCCUCGAGCAGAGGAGGAUGGUCCCCGGCCUGAAGACAUCGUACAGAGGUCUCCAGGUGAAGCAGAAAAUAAGUUCCAGAAGGCAAUUGCAGCAUGGCGAAACAUCGAUCUCUCCUCGUUGAUGUCCCAAUUAGAUUCUACAGCCUCAGAAAUUGUCGCCCAACAAAGAGACGCCUUGCUCGAACGGAAGGAACUUGCACAGAAGACAAAGGACUUUCGAAAAUUGGAGGAUACAGCAAAGUUGACCGAGUAUAAGUCACUCUUGAAAGCAUAUCAAACUUUCAUUGACCUGAUUACUGGCCAUGGCAAGACUUCCUCGUCUGCAUUCCUCCAACUAUAUCAGUCCCUCUCCGAGGCUCCGGACCCUUUUCCUCUCCUCGAGGCCUCGGUCGACUCUCUGGUUGCGUCCGAGGAUACAGUGCCAAAGCUCAAUGCUGAAAACCAGCAGCUGCUUGCUCGAGUCAGUAAGUUGACGGCCCAACUCGAGGAGACAGAACAAAAAUUGCAAGACGAAAGCAAGGCCAGAAAAGAUGCCGAGGCUGGAACAGGUACUCUAGUGCAGGAGAUUGAAGCCAAAUGGGAGAACGUCUUGGAGGAGAAACAGAGCAAUUGGACGGCAAAAGAGCGCUUUUUAGAAGAAAAAGUCGAAAACCAGGACAGAUUGCUCAAAGAGUUGAAAGCCAGCUACGAAGUGUCUCAGAGACUUCAGGAUGGUUCUGCUGAAGCUGCAACAUCCAAAGCUGCUGCGGCCGAGCUGGAGAUGAUGACCAACGAACUAGAAAAGACAACUGCCCGUCUUGCCGAAAUCGAGGCGAGGAACGAACAGUUGCGAGUCGACCUUGCUCGAACGACUUCACAGAGCACGGAAAAUCACAACAUUGAAGAAGACCCUUCGUUUUUACGCCUCCAGUCCGAAAACUCUUCGCUUCUGCGGAAAAUUGAGUCGGCAAGGUUCGAGAGAGAAACAGAGAAGAGAGAUUGGGACAAUAAGCUGCGUCAGGCCGAUAGGCAGCGAUCUCAACUCGCAAGUGAGAAUGAGGAACUGCGUACAAAGGUCAGUAAAUGGUCUGACUAUGAAGAUCUCAGACGGGAGCUAGAUACUCUUCGGUCGAUUGAACUGUCAAUUGGGGACGAUGAAGACGGGGACGAUGCUGCUCUGAAUGGUUCGGCAGAGAAUGGCACGAAGCAAUCUUUGGAACAGCUGCUGCUCGCGCGCAACAAGAAGCUCGCCAACGAGCUGACACUCCUACGGGUAUCACAUCAAGACCUUCAACGUCAGCUUGAAGACCUUCAAGAAGAGCUGUCUCGGACGAAUGCCGAGUUGGAGAAAUCCCAGAAACUUUCUUCAACCCUUGAGAACGAUCUCAUGCGCGUUCAGGAGGAGGCCGCAAACGCACUUCCCUCUUCCGGGAUGUCUGUCGCGGGGACAUAUGUAUCUCGGCAUCCAACGGGCUCCUUGCGGCGAGGAAGGGCAUCACCGACAUCCUCAAUCAUUUCGGGCUACGACAUGCAGCCGAGAAGCAAUACUUUGGAGUCACUGCGAGCGGGAGAUCCUGUUGGUGGAGGAUCUGGUAUUUUGCCAAUGAUCCAGGCUCAAAGGGAUCGGUUCAAACAGAAGAAUCAACAACUUGAAGAGGAGUUAUCCAAAACCUACACGACCGUGACUUCACUGCGUCAAGAAGUGGCCUCUCUUCAGAAGGACAACUUGAACCUGUACGAAAAGACGCGAUAUAUCUCCGCAUACAACCGGAGUCCAGCCACAUCGUCUUCAGCUUACUCUGGGGCGCCAGCACACACCGCCAUCCAUAUGGAUGACACGACUACCAGUCGCUGGAAGUCGCAAUACGAGGCCAACAUUUCCCCUUUUGCUGCUUUUCGUGGCCGAGAAGCGGCACGUGCCUACCAGCGCAUGAGCUUCCCAGAAAGAAUAAUAUUUUCUUUGACAAGGGUUGUUCUCGCCACCAGGACUUCGCGCAACCUCUUUGCCGGUUAUUGUGUCGCGCUCCAUGUGUUGGUCUUCGUAAUGCUCUACUGGAUGGGUACCAUAGACGUUGAUCGAAAUGUCGUCCACCUAGGCGAAGCGGCAGCGGCAGCAGUGGGCGGCGCAGGGCUUCGAUCACCUGAGUCCCAUGAUCCAGACUGGCAUCAGGAGGAAUUUGGAUAG